AUGAACUGCCUUUUACUUCUUAUCAAGUUUAAUAAAAUGGUCGUGAGAACGUCGCAGAAUAUUAGUACGGACAGCUAUCAGAGUGCAAUUGAGGCGCUUAAUAAUCUUCAGUCCAACGCUACCUACCUCAAGAAUGCUUCCAGACACACUAAUACUCUUAAAGACACGGAGAAAUAUCUUAAGAGGAAUUACAAUAAAAGACCUCAAAAAGCUGUCAAUAAUCCACGUAGCUGGAACCAAAGGCAAAGGAUCAACAUGCGCAUUUACAGAAUCAAUCCUCCGGUACCACGGACACAAAACUGGACUCUACACAUCUCCACAUUUAGUCUCAGUGCGCGAAAGAAUCCGCAUAAACGGCCAAUCAAUCUCCGAGGAAUUAUUCUCGGAAGAAUUCUGGCGGCUACAUACUCGGCUUAGUUCCCAAAAAGACCACGAGAGGGACAUGCCGCCAUACUUUAGGUUCCUGACGAUCUUAAUGUUCCACGUGUUCCUAAAAGCGUCGGUAGAUGUCGCGAUAAUCGAGGUGGGAAUCGGAGGCCUUUACGACUGCACGAACAUCAUCCCCUCGGCAGUUUGUGUCGGAAUAACAAGGUUAGACCUCGACCACACGGCGCUGCUUGGAGAUACCAUCAGCGCCAUCGCAGCGCAAAAAGCGGGAAUUUUUAAAAAGUCCGUACCUGCAUUUUCAGUCGCUCAGCCCGCGGAAGCAGCUGAGGUUCUCAGAACCAGAGCCAGCGCCAUCUGUUGUCCGCUGACUUUCGUUCCAGGAACCUCGAGUGUCUUCAAGGUUUUGCCGGUUCUGGGAAUCUCUUCUGAUGUUCAGCAGGCGAACGCAGCGCUGGCGAUCGAGUUGGCAAGAACCUGGAUGGACAAUCGGAGAGGAACAAUUGGUUAUUUUGAGGUUGGGACAGUGGAACAGGCUCUUAAAUCCUGCAGGUGGCCCGGAAGGACUCAAAUUUUGAAGACCAAGUCUGUAGAUUUUUACCUAGAUGGCGCUCAUACGCCAGAAAGUAUUAAGUGCUGCGCAGAGUGGUUCCUGAAGUUCCGGGAACCGAUGGAACCAUCUGUUCUUAUUUUUAAUUCUACCGGGAACCGAGAUUCUUGGAACCAUCUAGAGAUUCUUCGGAACAUUGGGUUCUCUUUGGCAAUUUUCGUUCCAAAUUUUGCAGGAUUUGCUUCUAAUGAACAAGAGAACCGCCUCCUGCCGGUAAAUGAACAAACUAAGAGGUGCAAAAUUCAUUAUGACCUCUGGGUUGCGCAGAACAACUCUAGCGCAUGCGCAGAAUCUGUUCCUGCGCGGAACAACUAUAGCGCAUGCGCAGAAACUGUUCCUGCGCAGAACAACGGUAGCGCAGAACCUGUUCCUGCGCGAAACAGCCGUGGCGCAUGCGCAGAAUCUGUUCGAGCGGCGCUGGAAGUUAUUAGAACCGAGUUCCCGGAACAAAGGGCGCAAGUUCUUGUCACUGGCUCACUACACCUUGUUGGAGCUGCUUUAGCGAUUCUAGACCCGGAACUUACAAUGAAGAGCAACUGGUGA